AUGUUGUCGCAGAGCGUAGCAGUGAAAUUCGAUCCAAAUGGCGAUUUGGCACAGAGCAGUCCUACCGAUUCGCUGCUCAAUUACCUUGUGUUACGAUAUUUUGCCCACUACUUCGCCGUUUGUAUAAUAAAGGCACGAAAAGACGACAGUCUAAGCCACUUUGCCGCUCCAAUACCGACCAUCGUGAUUGAAACCGACCACCGUUUCGAGCAACUGUUCUUGUUGGCCGUCGAUGCUGGAUGCCAGGCAUUCAUCGUGACCGAGCAAACCGCGAAGCCGUUCUUCGAUGCUUUUCUCCCGGUGCACGAUGCAGCAUCGCAGCGGUCGGUGCAGAAGCGGUUGAUCGUUGUGCUGAGCCCGAACUCGUCCGUUUUUGCUACAAUUCAUGAAACGCUCGUUAUAGAGGAAAUUCCGGACACCUUACUGAUACUUCCAAUAGUACAAAGUGACCAGAAAUUAGAGCGUAUAGAGCUAUACACGGUGGACAUUUACGACGGAGACCCGAUUGCCAUCGUGCCCCGGUUGAUCGACGUGCUCGAGGAAGCGAAAGAAUGGUUCAUGAAAACCCGUGACGAUCCCAGCAACGAUCAUUUUCCCGACAAGUUUGCAGACAUGCAUCGAAGGCGUUUGCGGCUCGGAACUGUACCCUACUUGCCGAACGCGCAUGUUGCGGAUGUGCCGCUGGGGAAAGGAAACGCCCGCUACAUACUCCCUACGAAACCGAACGUUUCGGCUCAAGUCGAUGGAACGGAGCUUUGGCUCGUUGUGCUGUUCUGUGAGAUCACUAACUGUACGACGGAAGUUAUGAUGGCAUCGGAAUGGGGCACUGUAUUUGAAAAUGGUACCAAAAUCGGAUUAAUCGGGGCUCCCGCCAAACGCCAGGUUGACAUCAUACUCGGUGGUCUCUAUUCUUGGUACAGUAGCUUCGGGUUCCUGGCGUUUACGGCCGUCCACUCGCGAUCCGGCUGCACGUGCAUCGUACCGAAGCCGCAUCUAGUGACCAACUGGCGGACUCCGUUCCUUUCGUUCACCGGGUCACUUUGGUGUGCUGUUUCGCUUGCGUUCCUGUCCGGUGCGAUAGCCAUACUGGUGGUGUCACGCAGUCGGCAGCGCAUACUGCAGCUGGCCGGUGCCGCUGCACCGGUCACUUUCAGUGACUCAGUGCUGCUAAUGAUCGGUUUCUUCAUGGAGCAGACCGUGCCAAUGCCGCACGAGCUGCUCGCCUCGUGCGUGCUCUUCACGACCCUCAUGUUUGCCGGCUUCAUGAUCGGCAGCAGCUACAACGGGGGACUAGCGAGCACGAUGAUUGUGCCACAGUACGAACACUGUAUCAACACUGCACACGAGCUGGCCGAAACUCGUAUGACCUGGGUUGGCGUAACCGUAUCCUGGAUCUACUCGAUCCUGUUGGCCGACCAGCCCGAUUUGCUGACGCUGAAGCAAACUUUUCGCGAAUGGGACGAUGAUACGAUCGAACGACACGGACCCGAUCGCGACCUGGCCAUCAUUGUCGAGCGGAUGGAGUACGGCCACUAUGCCUUUCCAUCCGUGAGUAUCGACACGAUAAAGUGCCGCCAGAUACUGACCGACGACAUUUACUGGGAAUGGGUUGUGGGCAUGUCUACGAAGACGUGGCCAGCACGCGCCCGUUUCGACCGCAUGGUGCACGAACUGAAGGCCUUCGGUAUCCUGGCACACUGGGAGCUAAUCGGAGCGGUCCAGUUUUUGGGUUUGGAGUCUCAGCAAAUCAUACACUAUUCGCGUGACAUUCCCAGUGACGAUUCCAAACCACUUCGUAUAUCGAACAUUAGCGGUGCGCUUCUGAUCCUCGUAGGCGGGCUAGUAAUUUCCGCGGUGGUAUUUUUCGUAGAACUACUGUGGCACCGUUUAAGUCAAUCAAUCAAACAGGAUUUUCUACAUUGCACGGUCCGGUGUUUCAUUACAAAAUUAGGUUUGCUCGCUGUGAAACCAUCAAAAUAA